CCUCCCUUCCCCCCCUCCCUUCUCUCCACACCUCCCAACAAUGUUGAUCAUCGAGUCGGUAGUAUCGUCCAGGUCCCGACUCACGCUGCUAUGAUCCCUUCACCACUCACUGUCAACAAGCCCUAAACCACCCCCUCACCCACCCCGGAUUCACAAUGGGAGCUGCUGUAAAGGUAUGCUUCAUCACCGUCGGUGCUACGGCUUCUUUCCACCUUCUUCUACACUCCAUCCUAGAGGAUGACUUCCUGCUGGCACUGCGGCGACUGGAAUUCACGCACUUGCUCAUCCAGUAUGGCAAGGAUGGCCAAUCUCUCUGGGACGCCUUCCAAAGCAGAUGUCCGCCCGCCAGUGAGGGUCGACAUGGACUGGAAAUUGAUGGCUUUGAUUUCAACCAAGCCGGGCUGGACGCAGAGAUGCGCCUGACUCGGGCCAGUCCCCCCGAGGGCCGGACUGGGGGGUUGAUUAUCAGUCAUGCAGGAUCGGGAAGUAUCCUUGGGGCCCUGCGACUGGGCGUGCCUCUUGUUGUUGUCCCCAACCCGACUUUGAAAGAUAAUCACCAGGAAGAACUGGCACAGGAACUCCAGAAGCAGGGAUACGUAGUCGCGAGCGACUAUCGGGACAUGGCGAGCGCAUUAGACCGUGCAGAGGGACUGCGAACCCGGAUGCUGACUUGGCCGCCUGUGUGUGGAGUAAGCCAGAGGCGCCAACAAACGCUGGGGGACGUGAUGUCUGACGAGCUAGGCUUCUUAGAUUGAAGUCGCAUUCGAGACUCUGUUGAUCUCAGGGGUGAAGUCGCGUGAAGCGGCGCAUUGACGGCGGUUGACCUGCAACUUGUCUAUGCUCAAUUCUUCACUAUGGUGUGAGACCAGAAGCUUCGAGAGCAUCGAGAUCGUCUAGGAUUUGAGAUCCCCGGGGCCGAGGACCCUGAACCCGACCAUAUAAUAGUGGAAGGAACGGUCAUACGACCUGCUAGUGAUUAUAACAGCGCAUGGAACGGUGAAGCGCCUACUAUUAGACUUACCUACUACAACAAUGCACCCAUUAAUUUAAGGCUCGUC